AUGGCUCCUGUCACUAUCCAUUGUGUGCGUCAUGCUCAAGGCUUCCACAAUAUUAGCGUUGCGAAUCAUGCCCUGCAUGACCCUAUGCUUACACCACUCGGCGAGGAACAAUGCAAGACUCUUCAAGCAAAGUUCCCCUUUAUGGACCGUGUCGAUGCCGUUGUAGCCUCUCCUAUGAAACGCACGGUAUAUACUGCUCUUCACUCAUUCGCUCCGGUCAUCAAGGACAAACGACUCAAAGUCAUCGCUCUGCCAGAACUUCAAGAGACAUCAGAUCUGCCGUGCGAUACCGGGAGUAAUGUUCAGGAUCUCGAGUCAGAGUUCAAAGGCCAACCUGUCGACUGGAGCUACAUGUACACUCCUCCGGCCAAAGCUUGGAACAGCAAACUUGGCAAAUGGUCUGCAACUGCUUCAGCUGUCGAUGAUCGUGCAAGAGUGGCUAGAGAAUGGCUGUAUAACCGUCCAGAAAAGGAGAUUGUCGUCGUCACUCAUGGUGGUUUCCUACAUUACUUGAUCGAGGACUGGAUGGACACGAAUAAGAACGGUACCGGUAAUAUCCCCCUCGUCGUCACCGUCAUCGCCGACGGUCCGAAGCCUCUCCUCCUCCUGUCGUUGUCAGUUUGGGCCGUGUUCGAUCUCAGUCAGAGACUGGAACCGACUCCCCAAUGUCACGUCACCACCAUCAUCACCAUCACCACUGCCAUCAUCACAGUCACGAUAAGCAAAAGCCUCACUCCUCAUCACAUCGCGGGCACAGAAUACAUCAUCAUCCACAUUCUCACAGAGUUCCAGNGUACUGGCUGGGCCAACACCGAGUAUCGUUCGUAUACCUUCGGUUCAAACCCUAAGAGCGGUAGACCCGUUUUCGUUGAGACACCACAAAGUCGUGCACGACGUAUGGGGGACGAAAAUCCUCUGAGCAGAUCAGAACAAAUCAACCUGCAACGCGUCGAAUCAAAGCAGAGGGCCGAAGAGGAAAAAGUGUAUCAAAAAGCCAGCGGCAUCCAAGCAAAGGUAUAA